AUGACGGAGGAGGGCGGGAAGCCGGCGGCCAAGAAGGCGAAGAAGGCGGCGGGGGAGAAGGCCAAGAAGGGCGGCGACGCGGCGCCCGCCGCCAAGCGGCAGAAGGCGGCAGAGGCCAAGCCGGCCAAGCAAGAGGAGGCGCCGCCACCGCAGGAGGCAUUCAGCAUGGAGGGCCAGCUCACCCGCGACUCCAGGGCAGCGCGCCUCACCGCCCCUGGUCCCCACCCGGUGCAGGCCAUGGACAGCGCGGCGCAGCGCGGCAAGCUGCGGCGGCCGGGGGCACCGGGUGCGGGCGCCGCCGUGGGCGCCGAGGACAUCCUCUUCCUCGUGCGCAAGGACCCGCGCAAGUAUGCCCGCGCCAAGGAGCUGCUGAUCCUGGAUGAGGAGAUCAGGAAGGCGAAGCAGGUUGUGGAGGAUGUCACGGCGCCGCUGUAG